AAGGUGCACAUAGUUACGCUUGUACCGGUGGGGAUACCGCCACGACCAGUGACAGCACUGACUUUUGGGUCUUUUUCUCAACAAAAACGCGAAAGAAGCAAACGGCAGCAGAAGACACUGACAGCACCACAGCACUACACCCACUGAAACUCGGUCUUCCUCUAUCUUGACGAGGUCGAGCAACACAUUCCUGAUUGUCUGGCAAGGUGGCAACGGAUGAGGCUAGUUCUUUGAAAAGAGUCCCUGAGAGCGCUGAAGAGAAGUUAUUUUACAUUAUUGGCAUUCACACGACCCCUCAAGACACUUUUAUCCAUUCUUGGUUUUGCUGUACCGACACCAACCAUGAACAGCCAAGCUCUCAACACAACGGGGGAGACCCUCUUCUGCCUUUAUGACAACCAAGCGCUGCUGGCUAUGGACUCGAAGGUUGCCUCGGGUUAUAUCGUUUUGAUGGGUGGAUACCCCAAAACCCCCAAAAAGAAGAGGAAAAAGAAGAACAAGAAAAACGAAGAAAGCGAAGAGAACGAAGAAGCAGUUCCCAAAUUGGACCGAGGUGCCAUUAAUCUAGCCUUCAUGGCCCUGACAGACGGCAACGUGGUGGAUGCCUGCUUUGGCGUCAAGACUCAUUCUGCGGCAGGAACUGCUGGAAGCCGUGCCGCCAAGAUGGCUGCUGAUGCGAAGGAGCUGCUGAAUGAAGCUGUGCGCUCGAGUGGUGCUGUGCGAGAGAUUGCUGUCACAGCCUACGGAAAGGCGUUUCAGAUUGUUCUUCAGUACAAUCAGGAUAUUAAACAUUUGAACUUUAUCACGCGCUGUUACCGAUGGAAACCCAUUCACCAAGAGGCUGAAGAAUCCCUAUUCCAGGCAUUCCGAGCACUCAACGAAGCCAUUGACGCGGCUCACUAAGAACGAAAGAAGGAAGGUUGGAGUGGCUAGUUUAGCCUAUUGUACUUAUGCAAGUACUAGGCCUCUACAUGCAAUACACACUAGCACGAGAAGCUUGCUUGGAAUACUUCCAGCAGGCAGGAUUUGAUGACAUACUUUUUUCAUGCUCCCCUCGACGGGCAGCGAUGUGAUGUUUACAAAGUUUUUAGCAAUCUUUUGGUCGCAUCUAUGUUAGCGGGUAAUUUCAUUUGCGCACUU